CGAGCGCAGGGAGCACGCGAGGGCGGCGGCGAUGGCGCUGCGCGUGAGGGUGGACGCCGUGAGCGGCGCCCGCGAGCGCGGGGAUAAGCUGCUGCGCGUGUCGUUUCGCGGGGUGUCCCAUACGACGGGGGCUUUGCCGGACCAAGGAGAUGACCUCACCGUUGGACAGACGUUCGAGUGGGCGGUGGCGCGGCCGGUGGAGUCGCACGAGACCCUGGCGCUGGCGCUGCUGCCGGCGCGGCCGUGGGCGCGGCGCGCGCUGGGCCAGUACGUGCUGGUGCUGCAGACGGUGGCGCGCGCCGGCCGCCUCGCCGUGCAGGACGCGCUCACGGACGAGCGCAGCCGCCCGCUGCCGGGCGCGCCGGCGGACGGUGGCGUGGGCGAGCCGCUGGACGGGCUGGACGAGGAGCAGCAGCUGCUGGUGGACGUGGAGGCCAACAUCGCCAACCUGGAGCUGGGCCUGGCGCACCGCCGCUCGCUCUCCCUCGAGAACGAGCCCAUCGUCGGCGGAGGGGGCGGGGCCACGCCCCCGCCGCGCAAGAGGCUCACGUAG